UUUCUUCCGGUUAUUUUCUUGUUUCACUUUGGAUUAUAUGCAAUAAUUGUUGUAUUGUACAGAGUAUUUACAUUUAACACUUGUGAAAGUGCAGCUAUUGAACUUCAACAGGAAAUACAACAAGCCGUAAAGGAUCUUCAAAAAAAAGGUGUAACUUUACGAGGGACUAAUAUCUCUCUAACUUCUUAGAUGUUAAAAUACUUCCUGUAAAUAUUAAAAUAAAAAAUAUUGAUUUUUUA